GGUUCCAACCACGACCAAACCACAUACACGCCACUCUCACUCUCAGGCCGCCAUGUCCGUCAUGCUGGAAAGCCGAAUGCAAACACUAUCGAUACACGACAGGCCGUCAAAGCUGACGCACGAGACGCCGUCUACGAAGGAAGCUCAGCGCCCCCAGUUCCACAAGCGCUUGCAUCCCUCUCACGCUGACAUUCCAUUUGUACCGGAAGAGCGCGAUCGGACUCCUCACCGCUUCUGGCACUUCGGAUGGCCCGUCUCGGACAACUUCGCCAACGACAUCCUCGACACGUAUAUCCCUGGAUUCCUGGAAUACGACCCUCCUCCAUCCGUCAAAUACGCGCGUUUCAUGGCUCUCGUCAAGGGUAUCUCCAAGUGUGACGCAAUUCGGAUCGUGCUGGUAGCACCCGACGCAUACACGCCCUUGAGAGAGUACCAGAGCCCCUUUGCGGAAGGCGAAGAGAAGGCCGUGACUUUUUGCAUGGUGGUCUCCGACGCACGCAAACGCUUCUUCACGGAGAGGCCAACCAAGGAGCAGAUGGCGAAACUCGUCUCUUUCUUCGGUGCAGAGCCAAGUUGGAAGAUGGACGCGAGGGAGAAGAGCCUGUGGCGCAGAUAUGGGCAUAAUGACUGAUUCGCUACUCAAUAUACUAUUUAUCCUUCUCUCAGCGCUCAACGCCUUAUGAUGCCUAGUAGGGAUAGACGUUACCAGGUAAUAAUGGAUUACGAUAUGGAUGGAUGGUUUAUCGGAACACCGGGAUCCUCUUCAGCUCUGACUAUAUAACGAAUCACGAAAGAUACAGGGGAUGUGUGGCGCGGCGCCUCG